AUGCUGAGCCGGCGUCACAUGUUGUCAGAACUACACACCCGGCGACCGUGCGAGCGAACAGCUUCGUGCUACGACGAGUGCGAACGAGGCGUCUGCAUCUCAUGGGACGUUCUCACCACCCAGCUGUUCUGGUUUGCACCCACACCAACCAAGCCUCUCACACAUCUACAGGUCACCACGGCGAAGUGCAAUCUCGACUGCCGCCGGGUCCUGGUUGUCAAGACAGGCGUCACGAAACCUCCACACGUCCUCGGGUACCGAACAGGACCUGCGGACGAGUCGUUCUUGUGUUGUUCACGAACAGAACACCAAACCCCAGUCCAUACGGGGCAGAGUGGUCCCUAG